CGCCGUACCCAGCGCCCAUGCGGAAUCGGUGCUGUUACUUUACUAGCACUAAGAUUAGCAGUAUCUGGCAAGGAGCCUGCAGGGAAAGGUUUGAAGAUACUUCAGCGCUAGGUUAAGCUGGACAAGUAUCUCGCUGUUCAAACAAAAUGAGUACAUUAGAUUGUGGAAAUCCUACCUCGGUUCCCCCAGAGGAGCCUCCAAAGGAGUUGCUAGAAGAACUCUGCGCGAAGUUCAUUCUCACGGCCCCCAAAGAUGCAUUGAGCAAGGAUAAAUUAUUCUUCUUGGUGGAACAAGCAUGGUGGUAUUACGAGGACAAGGUCCGACCUGCCUCCUCCCUCAACCUUAAGCACUAUUCCUCCUACACCACUUUCGCGGAGCCUCUCUUCAGGAAAUGCGAAGCUCUCGUCCCUUUGCGGCCCAACCUGCAGUCGUACCUGGAGGACUACCGCCGAUACAAACAGAGUAUCCCCGUGUUCGGAGCCAUCCUACUCGACUCGGCCAUGGAACAGGUGCUGCUGGUCCGCGGCAACAAGAGCAGCAUGGGCUGGGGCUUCCCGCGCGGCAAGGUCAACGAGGGGGAGUUGGAGGCAGACUGCGCUAUUCGCGAGGUUCUGGAGGAGACGGGUUACGACAUUCGGUCGAAGCUGCGUGAGGGCGACUACCUGGAGGUGACCGCGGACGGCAAGCGGCACAAGCUCUACCUGGUGACCGGGCUGGAUCCGAACACGCAGGAGUUUGAGCCGCACUCCAAAUGGGAGAUUGGCGCUUACGCCUGGCACCGCGUGGACGCCCUGCCAGCGACUGCGGAAGAGGCUAGCCAGGUGUACAUGUCGGCUGACGGCGUUCGGCACCGCUUCUUCAUGAUCCACCCCUUUGUCGGCCGCCUGCGCAAGUGGAUUGAGAAGCGCAAGCGACAGCUCGCUGCCAACAGGAGUCAGCAGUCUCAGUCACAAUCCGCAGCGUACGGCGGCGGAAGUGGCGGCGGCGGGGUCACCACCACCACUAACAACAACAACGGCUGGAGCAUCACCAGCAGCACUGCUUCCUCCAUGCUCCUCCCGCUGCGCGACCUAUUGUUGCAGCAGCAGCAACAACAACAAGCCGGGCAACAGCCCGCGCCUGCUCUUUCACCUGCGGCCCCUGCCACUCCAAUGUGUUCUUCCGUCAUGUCUUCAUCCGCUGUGACAGCUGCAGCUGCUGCUGCAGCGGCGGCUGUUGCGGGAGCGGGUGUCGUCGCCAGUAGCAGCACUGCAUCGCUGUAUAACGCGUGUGCGGGUGGUUCCAGUGGCGGUGGCGCCGCAGGACGUCAGGGUCAGGGGCGUAAGGGUAUUGGACGGAGUGCAGCGGAGGGUGCGUCAUCAGGUGUAGCAGUGCCGCCGCCGCAGCAACAGCAGGGGUCGUCAACGGUGCCGACUCUACUGCGGCAGACAUCACGCAAGGGCGCGAAAUCGCCUGGCUCGCAGCGGCCGCAACAGCAGCAGCAGCAGGGGCGAAGGGUGUCACAGCAAGGUCAGGGACAGGUGCAGCAGCAGCGGCAAGAGAGGAGCUCGGCUGGGAUUGCGUCGUCAGUUGCCAACAUGUCAAAUUUCAGGUUCGAUCGUGACCUCAUCCUGAGCUGCUUCGCCGCCGUCGCUUGAUGACCGGAUCAUUGUCGCCGCCCUCACCUCACGGCCUGUUUGGGCAACAGCAAAACUCGUCCUCCUGACUACCGUCUCAGGCGGCUGGGGUACCUCCUCAGCCAUCCGCCCGGCAUCAUGGGCGACCCCAGGCGGGACUGCGGUGACCGCUUCUCCUCGCCUCGCCCUCUCUUUUGGACCGCCAUAGCAGUCCGGCAGAGUGCAUAUGACGGUAUCAGUGUACAUUUUGGUAACUGAAGGUGCGGGGGAAACUAAAGGUGCGGGGGAGGGGGUGAAGUCCGUGGUGCUUUUUGCACGCAUGUCUUCUACAGCACUGCCGCACCUGGUACCUUGCAUUAGGGGCCGUGUGCUACUGUCUCUGCUUACCCGGAUUGGAGGCGGAGGUUGGGGCACGGGAAAGAGGAGCCUCAUCCGUUAGGGGGCCUGUUUGGGGCCUCGAAACGGGUGGGGCAGUAUUUGGUGGUCCGGCGGCUGAGGUCUCUUGAGAGGCUGGGUGGAUUGGCAGAGGGGGUUACUUUGGGGGUUGCAACAUUUAGGAAGGCCGUGCCGUCCUGCAUUCACAAUACAGCUAAUGUGAUUGCAGAUGAUCCCUUUACAGCUUCGAGUUGUUCUUCCUUCUCACACGGCUCCUCCAAAUGGGAUUGAUAGCUCGGUUGUGCAUGCUAUUAUAAUAGGGAUGGGGUUGCUGCUUUGACGAAUUGGGUUGAUGUGGGGUUGGUUCACAUUAUUCGGAAAAAGCAACACUGCGGUUCCUGGAAAUUAAACAAAACUGCGGUUCCUAAUUGUGUGUUCAAUGCCUCGCUGUCUUUGCGUGUGUCUGUGCGCUAUGUUUAAAGCGGGGCUGUUUGGGUCCUCCUGCGAUUCUUUAUGUAUCUCCUGUCUUUCAUUCUUGCUGACUCUGCUGAGGCGCCCGCAUGCGCAUCUGUGGUUGGUGGGUAUGGGACAGACGAUGCGGGACACCUAGGGAGGCAUGCCAUGGACAGGGCUCUAGGUGUUCACGGCAUGCAAGGCCGUUCAAAAGGGGGCCGGAUGAACGUGUGCAAAUGCCGCCAUGCCCUGUCGCUCCUGCAUGCGGUUUUUUGGUUUGGAUGGAGGGUCGGCUGGUCGGCCGUCCUCCAUUCAAUGGCACGUUUGGCGAGGCUUGUCGGUCGUCAGUGCAUGCUGCCUGUAUCCACAUUGCGUGUAGCAUGCUAGCUCCUGUGUGCAAGACAGACCGCAUCCGACGUCCUUUUAAAUGGAAGAUUGUUGGGGUUGGUAGGAACGAAGCGUUGGAUGCAGGUAUUAAUUAGGGAAUCUUCAGAGUUCUGGUUAUUCUACUGUUGCAACGCCGUUGCAGGAGGAGGGCGCUGCGAAUGCAUGGGAGUUUAAUUCAGUUGUCUGAGUACCGCUUUCCCUUUGCAUGGACGAAAUUUGCGCAUCGCUUUGUGCAGUUCGGUUCCGGCAACUGGGGAAUUGCAAAUGUACGUACGGACCUAGGAACAUCCGCGGAAUGAACAACAUGCGAGAGCGUACUUGGCAACACGAGUUGUGUUUUGUCUUACGGCUGCGAUGUGCUGUGCUGUGCUGUUUACCAUUUGGUUGUACUGGCAUGUGGUAUGUAUAGCAUUGUGCGAGGGCGGUCUACGUAGCUGUGUGUGUCGGGGUAACACGCUGAAUCUUGAAGCGCUGCCGCCACUGCUUUCGUUUCUGAUGGUUGUGUCUUGUGUGUGCAGUGAAGGGCCUACCUGGUGCUACCGGUACUGCCAUGCCACGCACACGCUUCAUCUGCGCUUCUGGGGUUUCCGUAGAAUUAUGAACUGCACUGAAGGCAUUCGCGUGCGUGUCUUUCCUCACUGCCAGUGUAUAGCUGGGACGUAGAUGAUGGGGGGGCGGUUGUGGAGGUAGCGGUGUGCCGGAUGUCCAGGAGGACCGUACCGCAACCCAAGUUUGGCGCACGGCUGAAGCCAACACCGCAACUACCUACAUGCUCGGAAGCUUGGCGGAAGGCCAUUUUCAUGGCUUUGGGCUUGUGAGGCUAAUGAUACUGGUAGGCGGAAGCGCCUGAGGAUGAGUGCGUGGCGUUGGGUACGUUGAGUAUGGUAGGCAGCUUUGUAUUACACCAACAGUAGGGGCCAAGAAGGGGAUAACCAGGGAAAGCAACUGAGGUAAUAUGGACAGCUGGCUGUUGAAAGACAUGUCGUCGGUGCCGUGCUACGAACAUGGUCGCAUCUGUUUUCAUUCGGGUGUGUGCCGUACCCUGUCGUGCUCAAGACACGUGCUUCGUGAUGCCAUUUCAUUUUACUAAUCGCCUGCAUUGAAUAAUGUUGCAACAUUUUCAGCAACGGCAUGUACACGACUGGGAGGUGCGUGUGCUAAGGACACUGGCCGCGAGAAGGAAUUCACGUGUGUGUGUGUUGUGUGGCAGCCCUGAAGGAGAGAUCGCACGGGGGCUCUUGCGCGGCAUUGCUGUCUGCUCGUUCUUCUCUACUAUAGCCAGAGGUGUGGGAUACGCUACGUCAUUACAGGUGUGUUAUAUCGACCAGUUGCCGUAUCCUUUGUUGUCGCGUGGGUGGUUCGUGUACAAAGUGGAGCCUCUUCGCGGGGCCUUCAGGCUUGGGGACAGCUUAGGCUGGGAUUUUCAUGUCGUUUCGCUUCGCUGUUGGCCGUCACUAUUUUGCCGUGUCCCAUGGGUCUGCAACGGCAAGCCAUGUCUUUGCAUUACGUAUGCUUGUGUCUUUGCUACUACUCCGGCCAGUUUACCGCCACCUUUCUGGAGACGUUAGAAGCGAGUCCAUGUAGAAUGUACAGUUUGCAGUUUGUUAUUAGUUUGUUUGUCUGCAACGAUUACAAGGGGACUAACAGGUGCAUCGUGUUGGUUGGGAUGCAGAUAGUGUUCCUGUACAGCUACAGAGGUUGGCGGUUGUGCCCGAAGCUGCGUCGUGUGGCCGCCAUUGCGGUUUCAUGGAACGAGAGCUGGGCGCACAGGGCGAUUAGAUGUAGGCGAAAGGCGGCGUAGGCGCGCCUUGAAGCCGGCUGUCGUCUAAGUGGUGGGAAGAAACGGCCAUGAACGAAAACUUGUCCAUAAGUAUUUGCGAGGUUUUGCUAAUUGAGGAGGCUUGAGCGUCCAUACGAAGGAAUGGCGCGUUGUGGCGAUUAUGUGUGGAAUGGGGGUUAAGCUGAUGAGGGCCGAUGUCAACGGGUAGCAUAACUUCUGACCUUACUUGUGGCAAGAUUGGAGGCGCCUUUCCUUUUGUGCCGGUACCCAGGUCGUAAAUUGUCGCAGGACUCUUAUGAGCCCCAGUUGAUGGCAAAUGAGGGUACAAGGACGACCCUCUUGAACGAGGGACAUGUGGCUGAUCAGCUUUGGUGGCGGUUUGACCUGUUAUAAUGCCAGGGUGCACCUCGAGAGUAGGUGUGUCUGUUCGUAAGUCGGCUGCUCCUUACAUUAAAAUGCAGCAUGUGCAAAAGGCGGGCAGUUGGGCUCCGCUGUGUGUUAAGCAAACUGGCUGCGAGUAGGAACGUACUGGAUAGAUGGAAGAUGAUGUCUCCCGCUGUGUGUUUAAUAUAACUGUUUGUUUGGUUCAUGCGUGAGUUGAGGUGCCGCAGUAUUUCACGCCUAAAGCCAGAAUAGCCCACUGCCGUUUAUGUAGACAGGUUCCAAACCGGGUGCAAGGUUACCGGCGGUGCGUUGUUGGAAAUGCUUUGUUGUAUGAUACUUGUAGUCGCUGCUGUGGUUCAGACAAGGUGAGCGCCAUGACGCCAAGUGUACCUGUUGCGUGAGAGCGCUGUAACACCCAAGGAAAGC